GUUGGUCCGAUUGGAGCAAGACGUUUGGACUAUGAGCAAUGUGACGUUGGGAGACCUGGAACGUUUCCUGGCAUCGUCAAGUGCGCUCGUCCGCCGUGCCCGGAAUUCACGAUGCCCCGUCAACGUGUUGCCGAGGAAAUCCUCUCCACGGUUUCCAAUACGCCCCGAUUAUAGAAUACGAACGCACGGGCCCCUGCCAUCUGUUCGACUGUGGGUCUUGCGGCCGAGAAGCGUUAUCACGUUGGCACAUGUCUGCCGCCAUUGGCGGGAGGUCGCUCUCAACACGCCUACGCUCUGGCAUCGCAUCUCCGAUUCAUGCACACGAACGCGGCAUAUGUUCUCCCAGCGCUCGGCUUCUGCUCCUCUGCACGUAUCGUUGGAGAACUCGCCUAGUCAUUUCAUGACGACUCUCAUAUCCUCCAACUCCACCCGCUUCCGGGAGCUGCACUGGAACAACAUCGCGGUCGAGGAUUUGAAGCUCCACGCCACCUUCCCUGUCCCGAACCUGGAGGUCCUCACACUCCGCGUCCUGUCCCUCGACGAGAUAUACUGCAUGCCCGCCAACCAGUUUCCUCUCCUGACUUCCCUCCAUAUCAACGACUGCUUCAGUCUCACCGUCCUUGACGGCCUCGUUCACCUCCUGCGCAGCAGUCCGCUUCUCGUGGACAUCUGUCUGGAGGACCCGUACGAGGAGAGCAGAUGGGACGGGGAACUCGACAACUCGUCGCCCCCGAGCGUCCGGGCACCUCUCGAUCACGCACGCAGGGUGGUCUUCGAGGGGCUCUCAGCCUCCUGCGUCAACUGGAUCCUGGCGCGCGUGGCGCUCAACCCCCAAGCCGCCGUCAGGAUCACUCGAUACAAGUCCUGGCCGAGUAUCUUGUCGGUCAAGCUCCUCGAUCUGCCCAUGAUCGGCGACGUGUCGAAACUGAGCAUCAAUUAUACCACCGAGGGGGACGUGAUUCUGAUGGCGGUCGGAUCGCACACGGGCAUUCGGCUCCAGAUGUCGCCCGGCACCCUCAGGGCAUCUCGCUGCUGAGCCUCCCCGACCUAGUUCCGACCGUCAGAUACGAGAAUUAUGGAUAGGCGGGGGGUGGACGGACCGGGUUAUUUGCGGCCCGCUGCAGCUGCGUCGUUUGCUGGGGAGCUGCCGUCGCUGGACCUCCUCGUCGUGCACGAAGGCUGUGUCAAUCAACUCACCGAGUCCCUCACUGAGCAUCAUACCAAUCUGGCGAUGCCCACGCCUGCUCAUACAGCCGCACCAAAGCCCUACAGGUGAUCCUGCGCCAUGCGACCGCGACGUCCGUCCUGAAAUGCUCUCAGCUGCCCAUCUUUCUGCAAUGGAUGUGCGCAUUGCGUAUCACCCACGACACUCUGACGAACUUCAAGACGGUGCCGGUCCCCAACAGAACUUCAAGUCCGUUACCUACAA